UGAUAAAAAUGAGCGAGAUAUUGGGGGAUUUGAAAGUCUGAGGAUUUCGAGAAAUAAAUUGGAUUAAAAGGGUGUUGGCUGAAUUAAGGAUGUCUACCCCUAGUCUAAAGUAUUGAAGAUUUCCUGAAAUAAAUCUCACAAACUUCUUCAUACCUUUACCUAUCGAUCUGUACAUCCAAGCAGAAUUACAAAAAAAGUGUCGGAUUUUCACAACAACUUAGAGCGAAUUUAAAAGCUAGAAAUGAUUUAAAAAAUUUUUAGCAUUCAAUGGACACUAUCUCAAACAAAAAUUGAAAAUGUAAUGGCUUAUUCAGAGCCAAGUGCUAAAUGCUCUUAUGAAAUAGAUUUUAAAUGGAUUGAAUACCCUCAUGGAGCUUUUCACGAUUGUAUUGGCGGUGAUAUGCAGACAGUCUUUCCAAAUAAGGCAGCAAAUGAUAUCAUAUUCUUUUUCUUCCAUUGUCAUAUAAAUAAAGAUUGUGAAAACCCCGCACACUUUAGAAAUGCAACAAUGUCACAAUUUGCUCCGUUUAAAAAUAUCGAUGGACUUAAAAAUGAUUAUACUGACAAUAUGUACGAAUACGUAGAUAAACCUAAUUGUACUGCUACUACAGACUGUGGCUCUAGAUUUUUGUUCUGCGAUCGUUCUAAUGAUGCUCCUCGUUGUCUUUCGAAGGUCCGUCCUGGCGGAAAUUGCAAAGGUUUCCCUAAUGCUGAUAUAUGCUACAACAGCACGUGUGUUAAUGAUGUUUGUGUUGUGUUAUCGACAAAAGCAGCUACAAUAACAGCAACUUCUACAGUGAAAAUGACUGAGAAACCAUCAACUACGACUCCUAAAAUUACGGAGGUGCCAACUACUAAAGCAGCAAGGUUGACGGAGAAACCAACCACCAUAACUCCGAAAGUUACGGAGGAAUCAAGCUCUACAGUAAAACCUAUAGAAAAACAAACUACUAUGGCACCGAAGGUAACGGAGAAACCAACUUCCACAGUGAGAGUGACAGAGGUACCGACUACUCAGGCAAAGAGAUUGACAGAAAAGCCGAACCCAACUCCUACUACGCCAAAAACGAUGGAAGUAACCACAACGUCCAAAAAACAAACUCCAACCACUCAAACUUCAACAACAAACAUGCAAGAGAAACCAAUCACACCUAUAAAAUCACCAGAAAUUAAAACCACAACGGAGAAGUUGCCUAUAACUACAACUGAAAAUAUAGAAUUUACGACAGAAUCUAUAACGACGGAAGCAGCUACAACAACAGAAACUCCCGAAGUGGGAACGACGCCAGAACUGAUAGAAACUACUACAAAUGAGAUUCCAGAAGAGACUACAACAAUGAUUACAACAAUAAGACCGACAAAACCUCAAAAGAAACUCACAACUAUAAUAACAACCAAAUUACUAACCAAAACAACAACAAAAAAGCCCAAAAAGUCCAAAACCAAAAAACCAAAGAAAGACAAAAAACAUAAGAAACAUCACACAACUGAACAAUUAACCUCUACACCUAUAGCAAAAACAACGAAAACAACCAAACCGCCAACAACGAUUAAACCAACAAAGCCAACUUCAAUUAUUGAAAAAAUAACAACAAAAAUUAUUGGGACCACAAAAAAACCGGAAAAAACUACAAAGAAACCUAAAAAAGGAAAAAAGAAAUGUAAAUGUAAAAAGCGAAAUCCUCCAAAAAAUACAAAAGAUAAUAAGAAAAGCAGUGAAGAAAAAAAGAAUGUUAAAAAUUGA